AUGUGGCCGUCUCUAAGGCACCGGACUCUUUCCCUCUCAUCAGAAGCUAUUCAUCAAUGGAUGCCAGGUCUUAAUCGCUCGUUUUGUUCUUCGGUAAUCAAUGCUACAAACACCAACGGAAAGAGUGGAAAUGUUGUCGAAUUACUGAACUUAGAAGAGGUCGAGAAGAUUCUGAAAGAUGUUCGAGCAGAUGAUGUGCGAGUCAUACCUGUUAGAAAGCAAUCGGAGUUCACAAAUUUCGUUGUUGUUGCCACCGGCCGGUCUCAAUGGCAUGUUCGUAAUAUCGCUCAAGCCCUAAUUUACAAGGUGAAGCAAAAACAAACGGGAGCCAAAAGAAUGUUGUUACCAAGCGUUGAAGGGCAAGAAGGUGGGAAUUGGAUUGUGAUUGACUCAGGUUCAUUGAUAGUCCAUGCACUUGAUGAGAAAGCCAGGGCUUAUUACAACUUGGAGCAGCUAUGGACCUCUAAGGAGUCGAUUAAAGAACAAAGUCAAAGUCAAAGCAAGGACUUGGAUCAAGCUUUUGUGAAGGAGUUGUACAUGUAA